UAUGUGCGCCUGCGCAGUUGUUUCUACAACAAAUAUGGCGUCACGUCAACGUGUUUGUGUUGUGUUUAUCGUCUAUUUGUGAGUAGAUAUUUUUCAUUCAGUAAAGGGUCAAGCGUAAAUUGAGAAGAAGGUAGUUGUAGAAACUGCAGUCUGCAAAAGUUGUCAACCGUCCCCCCCCCCCUAAAAAAAGAAAUUGAAAAUGGCAGACGACAACGAAGUCGAAGAGGAUCAACUGCAGGUGAUGUUCAAGAAGCUACGUGUGGAUCCAGCAUGGUCCUCAGUUGGUUCGGUCAGCCUGCUGGUGCCCCACACAGAGUACCCCGUUGACAGAGAGACGAAAGCCAGAAAGACAGGCCUAAGAAAGACCACACAGCGAAGUGCCAAGCACAGAGUUGAGCCAUACUCUACAAGCUGUUGUACCCUGGGCAGCAACUUCAGCGAUUCUAACGGUGCUACUGAGACGGGAAAGUGCAAGACAGCGACCUGCUUUUGUUCCAACAAGUCUGACCAAAACCAGGCAAACGACGAGAAUAAUGCUGAAACAGCACAGGACAAGUUGGAAGAUCAUGAAGAAGAACACACGUCGGCCUGUUGUACCAAACCGCUGAUGUGCUUCGAGGCAUUCCCCGCUCCCAACCUGCCCAAGAAAAGCAGCAACUGGAAAGACAAGGAAGUCUUUGGUGCUAGCACCAGUAAACUCAAGCCGCUCUCUUCGUUCAAGACACUGGCGACGAUUGAAGAGGAAACGGGUGAUGCUCCUGCUGCUGCUGCUGCCACCGCUGCAUCAUCGCUUGAGUGGCCCAGCAAAAUGGGCAGCUCUGUCCUGUUCCCCUGUAAGUGCGCCUCGUCCAGCUCCAGCCAGCAGUGUAAGCCAUCCACAAAGCCACUGAGGAGGUUAACUCGACACCGUAAGGCCAAACUAGAAGGCAGGAACCAGUCCUUCGGCGCCCGCACUUUUGCCACUUACAGGGACAGCGCGAGGCAGAUGAUCAAACUCGGUUCGCCCAGCAGCGUUCAGAAACACGCGCUUUCAGCCAAACCUGUCAUGAAAUCCGGAGCCUUGAAAUCCGAUUUGCCACAUCAGGGCUGGACUCAAAACCUCGUCUCAAUUCGUAGUCAUAACGCGACGUCUUCACCACCCCGUUCAGAGUUCUCUUGUUCCCAGCAAGCGCGCUUCACCCCCGACAUCUCUUUCGAUGACACAACGGCCGAUGACUUGGCUGGGUACUUUGAAAAUUUGGUCCAUAUUCCUAAGAAGAUGUCCGAUAUGGCAGAAAUGAUGUACACAUAGUAUUUAUCAUCUACAUAGACCCUUUUGCCAUCUGUAAUGGUUGUACAUGUAUUUUGCAUUUGCUAAAUAUACCCAGCACGAUAUGUGACAGAGGGAUCCCCCCCCCCCAAGCCACUAUACCCUAAGCAUACCCUAGACUAUUGCUACCUUGCACCCCUCCUCCAGAUAUCUCAAAAGAAUUCCUGAGAUUCUGGUAACACAAUGACCAACACAAAAGGGGGGGGGGUUCCCUCUGUCACAUGUCUUGCUACAUAUCUUGCUAAAACAAAGGUCAUAUUUUGAAAAGAUUAGUUCAUGGCUACUUUAGAGACUUGAAUCACUCAAAAAUUAAAAACGGUAAUUCCUACAUAUCUCUGAGACUCCGAGUCAUUCCCAGUAUCAGAGAUCCAAAUUUGGAGACCCUCUCUUGGACAAAACUGCUUGGGAAUACAUAUUUCUCCAGUUUGUGAAAAAAAAAUUGUGUAAUUAGUCAUGAGAAGUUAUAAAUGGGCAAUUUGCAAAGUUUUAAAAGAUGCAGUGCUAGUCAGCGUUUGCCAAAGUGUCUGUAUUCUCUGAAAGACGUUUUAUUUCUUCAAUAUAUCUAGUUCAAGUUAAUGAAUUGCUUUAUUGAAAAUGUUUAUGUACAUCCAAGUGUUGUUUUGUACAAACAUGCAUAUCAGGAAAUUUUGAAAGACCUGUGCAAAGUUGUAUGCAGUCAGAAAUCAAAACAUUGUUAUUGUUCAAGAACCGUUUAUUUUUUUUGGCAAGGAGUUUUGUUGUGUUUACAACAUGUGUUUUGCUUAUACCAAGGAUUUUGAAAAGUUCAAGAUUCAUCAUCAACACAGCACUUCUGCGGUAUAUUAAUUUAGCAUGUACACGCAUGAACAUGUAUUGUGGGGCUGUAUCCACAUUUGGAGAAAAUUGCUGGAAAAAAAUGAAUUGAAGAUUGUAUUUUUUCCCUCAAAUUUGUUGAUUGCUAUAGUGUACACAAUUGACACAUUGUGCACUGCUUAUAUUGAUAAAUGUAUUUAUAUAAAUGCUUUUGUUAUUUAA